CAUGUCAUUAAUAAAGGUUUAAAGCUCUAACUGGGAAUGAUUCCUAUAACAGAUCUCCAGCUGCAACCAGUAAUGAUUUGGCAUGUGAUUGCCGUCUUAUGAAGGAGUAACUAUGUUCAUCAAUCACAUUUCUGAUGGUAUCUUUUAUUUUUUUUUCAAGUAAAGAUGCUUGUACAUCCAAAAAAAAUUAACUUAAUAAUUAGCAUUUUGUCUUGUACUAUUGGCAGUUUUUUAAUUGUUUACAAACCACAUGUAAAUGACUCUUUCUCUUUUUUAUUUUCUUAUCUAAAAGACCUUUUAUAGCAGUGUUUCACACCUAAAUGUCAUUUAGCUCCUCCCUUUGAGCUGGACUAAAUGCAGUCAAUGCAUGAGUGACCCUCCACUGCAGUGAAGAAGAGUCAUGGACCGCUCCGAAACACUCGCUGCCCCGUAGGAUUGAACGAGGUUUCUGAAAGAGGUUAUUGCUAGACCCAUGCAAGUCUAAUGGCAGAAAGCAACAGGACCACUGAGGUUGCAGAACUUAUCUUGUGCAAUAAUGAAGCAAAUAUUUAUGAUUGCAAUCAAUCUGAUCCCAUGGGAUCUCAAAGCCCUGUCCCGCUGACAGACGCCUGGCUAGUGCCAGUGUUUUUCAUUCUUAUAUUGUUUGUAGGCUUGGUGGGUAACUCAUUGGUCAUCUAUGUAGUCGUCAAAAACCAACAGAUGAAAACUGUUACAAACUUCUACAUAGUUAAUCUUGCCAGCACAGAUAUCCUUUUCCUGGUUUGCUGUGUUCCUUUCACUGCCACUUUAUACACUCUUCCUAGCUGGAUAUUUGGGGACUUCAUGUGUCGCCUGAUCAAUUACCUGCAACAGGUAACUGCACAAGCAACCUGCAUCACUUUGUCUGCAAUGAGUGUUGAUCGUUUCUACGUGACGGUCUACCCUCUCCAGUCCCUCCGUCAUCGAACACCACAGAUGGCUCUGUCUGUAUGCACCACCAUAUGGAUAUGUUCUUUGCUGCUUUCAGUGCCGAUAGCGUUGUAUCAGCACACAGAGUCUUCGUUCUGGUUCGGUCCACAGACGUACUGCACCGAGGCCUUUCCAUCUCUCAUUCAUAAGAGGGCUUACAUUCUUUACUCCUUCUUGGCUGUUUACCUGCUGCCUCUGAUCACCAUCUGCAUGUGUUACACCUUCAUGCUGAAGCGCAUGGCUCAAGCCACGGUCGAGCCUGUAAAUGGCUGUAACCAGCUGCAGACGCCAGCAGAACGUGUUGAAGCAGUGCGGACCAGAGUCACCAGGAUGGUGGUUGUAAUGGUGCUGCUGUUUCUGCUCUGCUGGGGUCCAAUCCAGAUACUGAUUCUCUUACAAGCAUUCUCUUCUGAAGACGUGAGUCACAGCUAUACACUCUACAAACUGAAGAUCUGGGCUCACUGCAUGUCCUACUCCAAUUCCUCCAUAAACCCCGUCAUCUACGCCUUCAUGGGAGCCAACUUCAGAAAGGCCUUCAGAAGUGUGUUCCCUUUGAUCUUCAAAAGGGGCGCAAGAACAGCCCAGCCUCUCCCCACCUAUAACAGAGAGAUGAACUUUCUUUCAUCCGGACCCUAGGUGUUUUGGAAAGGCUUUGCGUAAAUAUUAAAUGCAACUAGCUGAACAUUAAUGUGUUUUUUGUCCCAUUUAAGAAGGACUUAACUGUAUCUUUAUAUGUAAUUUCAAUAAAAAUGUCUACGUCUAUGAAACAAGGUUAAAGUGUUCUCACUGAUAAGCAUUUAUGGUCAACUAUUUCAAUG